GAUAUGCUCUUAUUUAUACCAGUCAAUACCAUAUGGUAUAGACUGGUAAUAACUGACAAAUUUUUUUGUGUCCAAAAAAUAUCAAAGUGGAUAUCAUUUUGAAGAGCACAAUUAAUCUGAUCUAACUGUGCAAAAAAAUUAAAUUUCGACUUAAAAUGAGUGAGAAAUCAUCCGUUAAAGAGAAGGAAAAUUAAAUGUUUUGCGAGGAGAGAGAAGGAGGCGCUGAUGUGGUACGGUCAAAAGUCAACCUCAGCAAUACAUAGGAGAAAGUGCAAUUUUACUGUAUUGCCCUUUUCACAUUUAAUUUAAAUGAAAAAGUGUCUGACACGUGGGGACCAUAGAAGGGGUUACUGACCCAUCAGUUACUGACCCGAUCUGGACCCCUAAUGAUGGUCCGUUCGUAAGAAAAAACGGUACGGCAUGACGGCCGGCCGCCGGCGCCUGCAAGUGUCGCUCUGCCUCGUUACUUCCGGGUCCUUUUCUCUAAUCUCUCUUCCAUCCUGUUAAUCUUUGUCGUCUUCCAUUUCUAUAAUCACCAAUAAACCCAAAGUUUAGCAGAAGAAGAUCAGAUAAUACAUCAAUGUCCAUCUGAUUAGUAGUUAAAAAACAAAUUUAAACAGCUGGGAUCAGUUUCUCAAUCCCCUGCAAUCUCCCUCGUUUUCUCCGAUUCCGAAACAGUUUGCAUCCCUCAUACUUGACUACUUCCAUAUGUCCAAGUUUACAUAUAAUACGAAUCAGAACUUCACACAUCUCUCCCUCUCUCUCUCUUUCUCCCUCUUCCCGAUUCCCUCAUCUCACCCAAAAUUGGAAGUAAUCAGCGGCGGCUGGAAAAUGAACGGCGCCGGCGGGAGGUUUAGAUUGAACAAUCGGGGCGGCGGAGUGCAGCGGAAGGACAGAGAUAACGACGACCUGACACUGUUCAAGGAGUUGUAUAGACGGGAGAAGGAUCAGGCUGCAAGUCUUCUCCAGCCCAUCUCCGAUGAGUUCGAGGUUAACGCCGCGGGGACUCACCAUUCGUUCUACCGUAUCCCGUCGGGGAAGAAAGACGGAUCGCAGGGCUACGAGUUCUUCGGCGGCGGCGGACAUGGCAAAAACGAUUAUGAUUGGUUAAAAACGCCGCCGGCAACUCCCCUGUUCCCGUCUCUGGAAAUGGAAGCCAGUCGGCCGGACUUAUUGGUCCAGCGGGAGAUCACCGUCGUUCAGCCUCUGUCACGGUUUGCAGCCAGUUCGGAAUCCGGUAAGUCAAGAACAACUAGUACCACAACAAGUCCGACGACCACAACCAAAUCCUCGCCGUCGAGACCAAAGAUGCCGACCAACAGGUCAUCACUCGCUGGCCAACGACCAACCCCCAAUGUUGCACAUCCAGUAGGCAACGAAGUUGGGCCCACACUAGUCCAAUAUGGUCGACCAAAGCCCACUACAGAUCACUACGCUGGGCCAAAACUGCAGCCCAUAAUAGAGAGAGCUACCAAUACCACUACCAUUCCAUCAUCCGUCGGGAAAUCCAAUGUGAAACCGGUACAACAACCCAAAACCAGGGGAUUGUCUCCUGGAGUAAGAUCCAACAUUGCAACAGUUGCUGCCGCGGUAGCAGCCGAUCACCACUCUCGAACCACAAUUGCCAGCUCCAGGCCCGAUCGCGCUAGCUCGACUAGCCGGAUCAGGCCCAAACCGAUGCCAUUUGGGCAUCAAAAGACCUCCGCGGCCACUACUGCUGCUGUUCCUGUAAAACCGCGGAGCAGCAGCAGUAGCAGCAGGCCACGAUUAUCAUCAACAUCUACUACGACGACUAGGACGACGACGACUACCGCGACAAAUAAUGAAGGGAGCUAUGUGCACAAUCAGAAGAGCCGCGGUGGUGGUGGUACACAGGUGUUUGGGAGUAAAAUGGUGGAUAAAGUAAUGUCUGCCAGAAAAUCUUAUUCUACUACUACUUCAGGGGUUGGACAACAUCUUGAGGCAGUACAAGGAGCUAAUAGUUUGAAGCCAAAGGCUAAGCUCAGUGCUGAAGGUCUUGGUAACGGCGGCGACAAGGCCGGUAAUCCUGCCGGCGCUCCGGCUGCUGGGUUUGGACGGAUUUUGGCUCUCCGCAACAUGGAGUUAAAUCGAGAUCGGAAUAACAGGUCACAUUAUAAUCAGCAUGCCACCAGGUCUUGAUCAAACAAGAACAAGCUAGCUAGCUAGCCGGUUUGCUAUGGAGAUGAAGAGCUAUACUUUCUUUGAUUUUUCAUUCUUUAGUUUUUAUCACUUCAUGCACAUUAUUAACUUAUAAUUAUGUAUAAUUUUAAUCAGAUUGUUGAGAACUCAAGGUGAACACCGGUCAUAUGUACCCUGGUCGAUGUAUGGUUUUGUCCGUGUUUGUUUGUUAACGUAGACAAUGAAAUUAUCGAUUUUGA